GGCAUGUUUAUGAAAUAGAUUUACGCAAAUACCCAAUGCAGAAGAAACCAAAGCAUCCCAUCCUCACCAUGGUCCCCCAAAACACCACAUAAAACAUCAUCUAAAAUGUCUAAAAUGAAAAAGUGCUCAAGAGUGAAGAACCCUUGCAAAAUCUGCCUUGAAUCAGUAACACGUAAAACCGGGAUACAAUGCAAAGGGGCCUGCAAGAAAUGGGCCCACUUCACAUGCUUGAACUACACCCCUGGGAAGAUCCAGGACAUCAAAGCUGGUAUCAUAACAAUAACAUGCCCUUGCCCGAACUGCAAUACCCAAGAGCCCAAGGAGUUUCUUACAGACCCCCCGUAUACGUGCACCAACCAGGAAUGCCCUGCGAACAAGCUUCCCACGUGUCAAAUAAACGAGUGUCCUUUAAACAGUCCCGACACAAAUGCAACGUACCAAAACGUCUCUCCUCAGGCUACCCAAAUGGGCCCGAUGCCAUGUGGUCCUGGCUGCUCAGCUUCGCAGACAUCUCAUCACACGCCUCCAGCUUCGUCUCCUGAAAUGACCAGGAUCCCUCCAGUUUCGUCACAGCAGCCACACACUCCACCACCGUCUGCGUACCAGCCCAUGGCUGAGGAGCUUAAUCCCUGCGCGUCUGCGACUGGGAUCCCACAAUGUAUGUCCCAACCAAUUGCUCCUCAACGGGCGUCACCAAGAUCUAUCAGGUCGCAAUCGCCUCACAUGGCGUCUACUCCAACCAGGGCGUCCAGAACUCCUUCGCAAAGGGAGUUCUAUCCGGAAAAUAGAGCUGCAUCUCCAAACAGGGCUGCAUCUCCUCUAGUAAGGUCACGAUCAUGCUCGUGUCUGUCCGGGCAGCCAGGGGACAUGAUGAAUAGUGGGGAAACGAUCAACACUGGCACUCAAGGGCAUGAGGAUACUAAUGGUGGUCUGUAUGAUGCCGAAACAGUGACGCUAAAAGGCGGUGACUGCAAAGCAGCAUGCUCCGACUCCAGGAUCAUCAACAACAACAGCAGUAAAGAAAACCAGAGAAUGCUACUGUGCUCCAUCCAGAAGUUGUGCAGUACCGUCGGCCACCUGUCCACCCAGAUCAAAGACUUGAUGUGUAAGAUGCUGAACAACCUUGAGAAAGAAGCUUUGUGAUGCCAGUUCCUGUUAUGAAGUUUAAACCAUGUUUAGAAGAUUUUA